AUGUUUAAUCACAGCCUUAUCUUUAAUAAGGAUUUGGCCUAUAGCCCUAAAGUACAGAUGUGGUGGCUCGUUUACAUCGAAGGAGAAGGUCAAUACUGUCUGAUCUGCAAGAAGUUUGAUUCCAAGAAUCCCCAAAACAAAAGGAAUUUUUUUCUGCAGAACCAAGCACAAGGUUAAAGAAAGAUUGCCUCGAGGAGCACAUUGCAACAAAAAGAGACACAAAGAUGCAAUCACUGCCAUUCUUAUGAACAGGUUCUCAGUUUUCCAGAAAGAGCUCGAUCAUAAUGCUGAAGUUCAGGUUGAUGUGUAUGAAAGAGUUUUCUAUUGCCUUUACUGGUUGGCAAAGGAGGAUAUAGCAAAUGUCAAGGUUAAGAGUCUGUUAAAGUUGGUUGCGAAGCUGGGGUGUGAUAUGAGUGGCUUUAAUCACACAUCAGUAGGUUCCUUUCGCAACAUGUUGCUUCUUCUUGGUGAAAUGAUUCAAAAUGAAGUCAUUUCUGCUGUAACUGGGCCAUUUGGGGUGAUGGUUGAUGACAUGACUGACAUUGCAAAUUUGGAGCAAAUGAUUGGUUUCAUCCAGUAUUAUAACAGGGGUAGCGAAAAGGUUGAGGUGAAAUUUUUGUGUUUGGAAAAUGUUCUCGCCAGCUCUGACGCAGCAGAUUCUUUAACCAUCACAAGCAUCCUUCUGAAGUCAUUGAGAAACACAGUCUCAAUUUUGACUGGUUUAAAAGCUUUGUGUCAGAUGGAGCAAGUGUCAUGGUGGGAGAAAGGUCAGGUGUAG